AUGGAACGUUGUGCCCUAGAUAUCCAAGGUCCCUAUCCUACAUCUAACAAAGGAAUGAAAUACAUAUUAGUGGUUGGUGACUAUUUCACAAAAUUUUUACAGGCCAUACCCUUAAAAUGUCUAGAAACGAAGUAUGUAGCCACUAAGUUAGUGAACAAAUUUAUUUCCUUGUUAGGAACACCAUUAGAACUUUUCUCCGACAGAGGCUCAAACUUUGAAUCCACCAUUUUCAAAGAAAUGUGUGAACUUCUAGGUAUCCACAAAACCAGAACUACAGUAGGACGACCUAGCUCGGACGGAAUGAUAGAAAGAGCAAACAGAGUUAUACAGAACAUGAUGACGGCUUUUGUUGACAGAAAUCAACGUAACUGGUGCGAGAAAUUACCUUUACUUGUUCUUGCCUACAACAGCAGUGUACACACUUCAACUGGUUUUAGUCCAUCUAUGAUGAUGUUUGGCAGGGAAAUGAAUCUUCCCAUUGACCUGGCUAUUGGGAAACCUGUAGAUGAAAAAAACAAAGUUCACAACAAACUAUGUAAUAGACCUAGAAGAGACACUGACAGAUAUACAUGA